CCACUGGGGUGAAGAGGGCGAAAAACAGACCAGGAAGGUGAGACUGGUUGACUUGGUGGCGGUGUCACAACAAGGAGACAACACCAAUACAGUGAGACACGCUGGACUUAUUCAGACUCUGGAACCGAUCAGGAACCUGUCUCGUCAGUCUGUGAAUGCCACAGAUGUGUACCUGAUGUGGUGACAGGUGUGUGACCAGUGAUGGAAGCUUACGUCUUUCACUUCUGACUCGUGACUGUGCGUUUAAUCAGAAUAUGUACAUGAAAACUUGGUCUCGAUGUUUUACUUGUAAAUAAUCAAAACAAAAACUGUAAAGUAUACUAGGACUUAAUUGUAACUUUUAAACCCAUCACGGCUGAAACAGUGUUUUCUGAUCAUUCAGAGGACCAGAAAAUCCCGUUCUCAAUAUACAAAAAAGGUGUAAAAAAUAUACAAAGUGUCAGAGAAAGGUUUGAAGGAAGGCGCUCCACACCAAGGUCCAAACGGGUUCAGAAUCAGGACUGGUUGUAUAAAUAUCUAACCGUUGAGAGGCGCAUUGUGUGGACGUGAAGACAACAAGUAGCUACUGAGAACAGAUACUGGCUUGGACACAACCACGGCACUUGUCUCUCUCACUCUCUCUGUCGUCAUCUGAGGAAGACCGUUGAACAGUCCUAUGGAGACUGGCAGCAACAAGUACCACGGGUGGUUGGCUCUUGCUGCUGUCGUGCUGAGUGUUGGCACUGUGGCCGGUCUACAGCCAAAUGGAAAUCAUGUAGUACUACAAGUUUAUUACACACAACAGAGGUACUCAACUUGGAUUAUUUUCGAUGCUUACAGAUCAUUACGUCAUGAAUAUUAUGCAUGUGAAUCAGGCUGGUUCAGUAACGAUGGGAAUUCAUGUGAUUAUGCUUUAUGCAAUGGUCUUACAAAUCUAAAUGGAGCUUGUAAAGCUCGCAUAGACAACUCACACAUCAUUUAUGCUGAUGGUACCAUCCAGUACUACCCAGAAGGUUCCUGUGACAGUCCAAAUAGUUGUACAUGCACAAAGGCAGGAUUUUACAGCGGAGGACCAAUUUGUUUAAUGUGCACAGCCAUUUCAAACUGCAACCUAGAGACUUGCACCACCAGUACAAACCAGAUAUGCUCCAGGUGUGAAGGGACAGUACAGGAACAGGUGGGCUGUCGAGCCUAUGUUCCAUCUUCUGACAGGAGAGCGUGCAAUCAGGCAUGUUCAUGGCGCUCUGACAGUACACGCUGUUUCCCAGGCAGCUGCUCCACAGAACUCUCUAGCAGUUGCACUUGUUCAUCUGGCUUUGGAGGAAUCCACUGUCAAAACAUUGUGUCUAAAGCUGACAUUGUCUACAAUGAGCUAAAGCUAACUGCUGUAGAUGGCUCUAUUGCAACUGCACCAUUAGAUAUAAAUGGAGGACCAUCUGCUGCUCAGAAUGAAGUCUGGACAAAUAUUGUAACUCCUGCAAACAUCUUCUACCGAUGGGAUGGCCAGUUUCAUCCAACCUUACCUAGCUAUCAUGCCUACAUCCCAGAUGCUAAGAUUGGAGUCACUGGAGGAAAGACACAACUGAUCUUAAACAGGGGUACUACACGCCAGGUUUAUGAACGCACUUGUGGAGGCUCUAGUCGUGAUGACCCCAACCGUGCAGUGUUCACCUGCAGUGCAACCAUGCACCCAGCGGAGUAUUCUGGCUCUCUUACAGUGCCUUUUCAGCAUGGUGACUGGCUAGAAUUUUCCUUCCAUGCAGAUGUGGGAGGUUUUGUCAAGGUUGAAAACAAAGAGACAAGCAUCAUAGAAACACAUUAUUUCAAUGGUAACACCAAAACCCAUCAGUUCCAGGUUUAUUUUGACACCAACGUUCCAUAUCAUUGCAAAAUAGAAUCUGGAUGUACAGACUCCAUGUUAACAGUCAAAGAUAUAACAAAAUCUAGCACACAAAAUAUUCUUUGGAGUGGCUGGAAAGAUGAUGAUGCUGGAGUGAACCAGAUGACAUACCAAGUGUAUGAGCUGGAUUAUAUAGGAACUGCACUCCAGCACAAAACUCUUACUACUCAAGGCGCUGUCAACAGUACUGGAUCUGGAAGUGCCAGCUUUUCUGUAACAAGCCCUGGAAUGUAUGCCAUUGUCCUGUCUGCGCUGGACAGAGCUGGAAACCAUAAAUCUUGCCGGAGGCUUUUUCUUUACGAUUCAUCUUCCCAGAUCAGUAUCAUAGCCUCCUCAGUUUUGCGUGUGACCUCUGCAGCACAGGUCACAUCCUUCACCUGGCAGCACAGCGAGGGAGAUGUAACUCUGUCAUGGGUGGAGAGGUACACCAAUGUAUUCCACUACACCUACAAUCUUCUGGCAGCUGUUGCAUCAGAAUCUGGAGUAGAGAGUGCAUAUGAUGACUCUGAAGGAAACAGGACUGUAGCAGCCAUUCAAAACACUUUAGGCAUUGUCAAAUUUACAACUGCUUGGGCAGUAGAUGCAAAAGGAGGAACAACUCAGAGGACACCAUCUAAUACUGCAUUUACCCAGGAACUAGGACUGUCCAUGACAAAAAAUAUACAGGCAAAUAUUGUGGAUGGCCAAAGUCUGACAUUCUGGGUGAGAGCAUAUGACAUCCGAGAGGACUACUAUGAAGAGAAUCUGACAGUGCAUGUGGACAGCUCACCUCCAGUCAUCACAAAUCUGUGGCUGACCAAGGACAACUUUGAGAACAUCAGUGUCCAUGGUCUUGAGGAGCUCAAGACAAUGACAAUAGAGUGGGUGGCUUACGAUGACCACAGUGGGCUGUACAGUGUCCAGUGGCGGCUAGUAGACAAUUACAAUGGUCAGAACAUUGUGCACGGAGUAGAAAAUGUAUCACCACAAGGGGAGACUACUACUCUUCAGCAAUGUCAGACACACUAUGGAAGUUAUGCUCGUGGUGCAAACUGUUACUGCACGGGGCCUGUUGGCUGCUAUCAUCGGCAUUUUCAAGUGAAGCCUGUCAUUGUGGACUUCAGUCUUGGGCAUGGUGGCAUUUUCAGCAAUGGCAGUGUUGGUGUUCAUGAUUAUGAUUACUAUAUUGAGGUCACAGCUGUCAAUCACGCCAAGCUUUCCACAACCAUCAGGAAGCAGAUAACACUAGAUGCAAGUCCCCCGUAUCCAGGUGUUGUGAAUGAUGGAAUACCAGAUUCCCCAGAAGUGGACUAUCAGUACAGCAGGACACUACAUGCAUACUGGUCAGAUUUCUUUGACAGAGAGAGUGGGAUCAAGUUCUACCAGUAUGCAUUUCAUACCUCGUGUCUCAACAGCAGUGUGUUUGGACACAACACACAAGACAGCAGAGUUGUCAUGACUUAUGAAACCACAGCAACCUGGAGUGCCCCAGCUGAUGGAACCUUCUACAUCACAGUUGUGGCUUUCAACAGUGCCAUUGAGCCCAGCUCACCUGUGUGUUCAGAUGGUGUUACUGUUGACCAGACUAGCCCAAAAGUGUCCCGUGUUUAUGUGGCUGGGGCUUACAUUGCACCUGGCUUGAUCCGAGCAUCAGACAAUGGUAUAUGGCUGGUGACGUCUGACCACACGAUAAGGCUUGUGGAAAACCCCGACCGGGGAUGCAUCAAUAAAGCCACACCAGGACUUAAUCUGGAGUUUUUUCCUUUGAGUCCAAUAAUGUCCCCUGUCCAAGCAUCCGAAGCCUGUCAGUAUCAGGCUUUUGAGAGCAGAUUUACUCAAACAUUCUACCUAAGCAAGGAUCACCAUCUGUACCUGAACUGGUCUGCAUAUGACAACGAAAGUGGCAUCUAUGACUAUGAAGUGGGUUUGGCUUCAACAAAAAAUUAUGGAGAUGCUCCUGACAUCUCUCCUUUUACCAGCACUCACCACCACAACUUUUAUCAGAAUGACCAUCCAUCACUGCCAGUUGGAGCUCCAUUUUUACAUUUUACCAAAGCCCAAAACAAAGCCGGAAUGUCUCUAUAUACUACUUACUCUGGAACAUUGAAUUUAACUCUGGAAUCAGAUAUUCUGGUUGUCCGGUGGGAUGUACAGCUAUUCACAGAUCCAGAGAAACAACAUCUUAAGUUUUUUGUUGCCUUGGAGGAGCUAACAAGUGGCACGUUAUUGCAUCCAAAGUCUCUUGCACGUACAUCAGGUAGCUGCAUACAGUCCACUCCACCAUCAUGUGCUGCCUUCAACAUCUCAGAGCUACACUGGGGACUUCAUCAACAGCAUGCAUACGUUGCAAAAGUUCAGGUUACAAACAUUGUAGGCCUUGACCUCAUGUUGACCUCUGAACCUUAUGUGCAUGACACUCGAUUAGCUGCAAGAGGGACUGUCUUUGAUGUUGUGCCAAGUGACGAAGAAACUAUUCUGUUUGUUCCGAGGUCAGAGGACACAGAUUUUCAACUCUCGAAAACUACCUAUGAGGCUCGCUGGUCAGGCUUUGACAGUGGAGCACAGCAGAUCACUUAUAAAGUUGGACUAGGUAGUAGACAAGGAUCAGAUGAUGUGGCAUCCUUUGUAAUGGUUGGGACAGUUACUGCAUAUGUAUUUGCAGGCCUCAGUCUACAAAAAAACAAGCAAUAUUUUUGCACGGUUAUUGCUUUGACCAAUGGAGGACAAGUUGCAGUGUCAAGUGAUGGCGUGCUUAUUAUUGAAGCUAAUGAGGAAGUUAACAUCAAGAUACUGGAUGGCCCAGGGUGUAACAACAGUAGUGCACAGCAGAAAUUAAGGUUUCCUGAUGUUCAGUGGAGAAUUCAGAAGGCUGUUCCUGGUGUAGAAUACCAGUUCUCCACUCGAACGUAUGCUAUUGUUGCUGAAGGAUUGGCACUACAGCCUGGGAAUAAAUAUCGAGUUGCCAUCAAGUUCUGUGUUGGAAAUCUGUGCAGCAAGCCAGCUUACAGCUCUGGUGUUAUUAUUGUCUCUGGUCCUGCUCGUACAGGCGCCAUUUCAGUCACCUAUGUGGAAGGCAUGCAAGGCAAUAAUAGUACACUGGAGAUAAGAUUUGAAAAAUUCCGAGAUCCAGACAUCAGUGACCUGGCUGCAGCACAGACUAUGCUUCUGGUGGAGCAUCAGGAGCUUCAUUGGCUGAAGGUCACAGUGUCACUCGGAUUUAAUGAUGAGUGGAGUCAAGAAAGAUCAGGAGUACACAACUCACAGACAACAUCAUCUCUGCUGUGUGGCCCAGCUGCGCAUUCUCGAGUCAGGUGGCAGUUUUGA